AUGAGAGAUCCAGUUGGCACAGCGGCUCCCAUGGCUUACCAUCCUCUCCGACCGGGCGCCUUGUCCUUGUCUGCCUUCCUCACCACCGCUCAGCCCUCGUUUUUUCCUGCGCUGACUUUCCCGGACGUCUCCUCUCUCUCCGAGCCCCUGUCGGGGCAGGCUGCGUCUGGCGGGGGGCUGCACGCAGCUCUGGGACGCCAAAGUCGCUCCUUGAAGAGCCUGCAGCCUGACGAGUGGCUGGAUGACGACCCGAAAGUUACACUGGAGGCAAAGAAUUUAUGGAAUGACUUUCACAAAAUGGGAACCGAGAUGGUCAUCACGAAAUCAGGGAGGAGGAUGUUUCCACCCUUCAAAGUGCGAGUAGAUGGACUGGAUGAAAGUGCGAAGUACAUCCUGCUCAUGGAUAUUGUAGCUGUCGAUGACUGCCGCUACAAGUUUCACAACUCCCACUGGAUGGUGGCUGGAAAAGCGGAUCCGGAGAUGCCAAAGCGCAUGUACAUCCACCCUGACAGUCCGUCCAAAGGAGAGCAGUGGAUGAGCAAACCCGUUGCUUUUCAUAAACUCAAGCUCACCAACAACAUUUCAGAUAAACAUGGAUUUACAAUUCUGAACUCCAUGCAUAAAUACCAGCCCAGGUUUCAUAUCGUGAGAGCCAACGACAUCAUGAAACUUCCAUACAGCACCUUCCGGACCUACGUUUUCCCUGAGACGGAGUUCAUCGCUGUCACUGCCUAUCAGAACGAAAAGAUUACGCAGCUAAAAAUCGACAACAAUCCCUUUGCCAAAGGAUUCAGAGACACGGGGAAUGGGAGACGAGAAAAGAGGAAUAAACUGUUUAGCACUUCCCCUCUGCACGAGAACCAAGGAAAAGCAGACCAGGACUGUGCUGAUUCCGAUGACUCCUGCGAGCAACCGGGCACCAGUGAGCCUUUUCAUUCCCCUCAGGAACUGGUGACCAACCCUCUGAUGUCCACCUCAACCUGUCCAGAUGAGAACACUACGGGAAGUGAUCCAGAUGUUGAUCUGCAAGACGAUGGCGUAUCUGACGCCGGCUGUUCCGGGACUGAACACACGCCGACUUUGAGUCUGAAAAGCAAAGAGAUGCUGCAGAACUCGUCUGAUCUCAGUCGGAGCGACAACAAUCAGCAUUCGGCGAAAGAAAGAACAAUGUUUAGAACUCCCGGGGAGACGUUUUCUAUGGAGAUGGACUCUUCAGAAGGGCACAUGAGGGAAAUUAAAGACGGGGUCCUGCCUGUGACGUUGCAGUCGCGGGGCUCUUCGUCCCUCAGUGCUGGUCAAUGUCACACUUUGGAUUUCUCAAGCGUGCACAACCAGACGUUUACUAAGCUCGGCGCACCUUUGUUGUUUCAUCCUGGACAGCUGUCAAAGAAACCAGAAGCUUUUUCCACUUUGGGUAUGGGACAUGUAUUUUCUACUUUGCCCGGAGUAAGUGACUUAGACAACGGAGGCCUAUCGUCGAGAAGCAUCACCUCUUCAUCUCCCUUCAUGUUUCAUCUGUCGCAGCACAUGCUGGCGUCUCAGGGAAUCUCGCUGUCACCUUUCGGAGGACUGUUCUCGUAUCCAUACUGCUACAUGGCAGCGCCGGGAGCCACCGGUCCAGCUCUUCCCGCCUGCUCCGCGACGGCGUCGCUCACCAGAAACCACCGUUACAGCAACUCUCGGCCUUGGUUGCGAUUCAGCCCUUAUCAGAUCCCCACAUCUGUCACGUCGCGCCAAAAUCUGCAAGCGGCCAGAUUGCUUGGCAGGUCGCAUUCGCAGUCUGAGCUGUCCAAAUCUGGGAGCACAGAGUCAAGUCCAGCAUCUCACAAUCACAGUUACAAAGCCAAAGCGAAGCAGACGACUGUUCCACCCAAAACCGUUGUUAUGUGUUCCACUGAUGAACUGAAACACACGGAUAGUCCAGCUGGAGGACUUGAUAAACCACAUCCUCCGCAUUAGCUGUUUUUAUAAUACACGUGGUAAAUACUGGGUGAUGAUUACACAGACAAGUUUGUUAAGUUGCACAUAAUAUUCACAUGAAAUAAGUAGUUUUUCAAAAACUGUAUCCAUUUAGCCCAGGACCAGACCGUAUCUGCAACAAAAAAAAACAACUGGUGCCAUUUUUCAAAGGCUACCAAGCAUGGCAGAUUCACUGGAGGGUGUCUGGUACCACACUAUGGCUAAAUGGACGCAGCGUUAAAUUUGGUACGGUUGCAGUUGAGAAGUUUUCCAGCAGGUUCCAUAACAUUAGUGUCGACUGACUCUUUGUUAUAAGACUGUUAUUUACUCUCUGAAUCUCUUUAAAUGUAAAUGUUUUUUAACAUCUCACUCUGGUCUGGUGAUAAGGAGGAUUACUGAAUUUCAAAAUGUGUCCAAGUGUCCCGUAUCCUUAGAGGCCUGGUUGUCCGUUUGGCCUUACAGUUUGGCAGCUGUCACUGACUGAAUUUGGGGUGGGGUUUUUUUUUUCAGGUGUAAAUUUCAAACAUGGCUUAACGGGUUAAAUUCUCAUUCAAGACAUAAAGCUGCCUAAUAAACACUGAUUUAGUGAUUUGCAGUUGAAACGACAGCCGUGUUAAAACACAGCCACUCAAAAGAUCCUUUUAAUUCUUCAUCCAUGUUCAACCCAGUUUGAACCAUUUUAUACUUGAACUGUCUUUUGAUUUGAUUUGAUACUAAAAGUUAAAAAACAUCAAAGACAAACAAAAGGAGCUCAUUGGAUUGUCUAUAAAAUGAGCGAUGCAGAAGUCAAUGUCCAGAGUGGAAUUCUCGUUACGGUAAUAAUGUGCUUUAAAUGCAAUUAAAACAUAUUUUUUACUUGCUUAUUCUGUACAUUUGUGUAAAUAUAUGACCUGUCAUUUUGGUUUUCACAUUGUGUUAAUAUAAAAAAAAUAAAAAAUGAAGCCUUUCCAGACUGAAAA